AGCAGUUGUGUCAAACUUCGGUUGAGAGAUACCGUGAACAGUUCCUUUUUACAUUUUUGCCCGCAGUCCAAGCAGUGCGGUGUGUGUAACAGCCAGUCAGAAAUUUUGUUGGUGUGUAUUAUCGUCGAGAGAAAAAAUGCCGAGCCAAGAAGAAAUCCGAUUUUGUGAACCUGCUGACAAUUUGAAUCACAUUUUUUCAUACGAAAGUGAUUUAAAAUCACAAUUACAUCGUCCACUCUAUCAUCAAAAUGGUUUAGCGAAGCAAUCAUCGCAAUUAAAUAAAGGCACACUGAGAACUGACAAUAACAGCAGCGGCCGCAAAAGUACACAUCAAUCGAAUUCUGACGUGCAGGCAAAUGGGAAAAUUGUCACGAAUGGCGUUAAAGAUAAUCAGAAGCCAGAUUCAACAUUAUCAUCGGCCCAUAAACAUGACAAACCGAAGGAAUCAUUUGAACCAAUUCCGAUGUUGGCAGCAUGUUUAACAUAUUUGGGUUUUUAUUUUCUGAUUGUUUUGGGAUUUUUAAAUCAACUUCUAUUUGCACCAAAAGUAGCAACUGAACGUAAUCGAGAGGGUUAUGCUCCAUUGUAUGACAGCUUCGAGCAGUUUUACUUGCGAUAUGUUUAUCGUCGACUUCGUGAUUGUUUCAAUCGGCCGAUUUGCAGUGUGCCCGGUGACGUUGUAACAUUGAAAGACCGCAUUACCAAGGAUAAAUGUUGGACAUUCGAAUUUACCGGCACGGAAACCGAAUGCUUGAAUUUGGGUUCGUACAAUUAUUUGGGUUUUGCAUCGAAUUCAGGUCCGUGUGCUGACAAUUCAAUUGAUACGAUUCGUAAAUAUGGUUUGGCUACAUGUAGUACACGCAGUGAACUUGGCUCGAUGCCAUUGCACACCGAAUUGGAAGAAUUGACGGCACGUUACCUUGGUGUCGAUGAUGCAAUCACAUUUGGCAUGGGUUUUGGAACAAAUUCACUGAACAUCCCAGCAUUGUUGUCGCCCGGUUGUUUGGUUGUAAGCGAUGAAAAAAACCAUGCUUCCAUUAUUUUAGGCUUAAGAUUAUCGGGUGCUGCGAUCAAAGUGUUUCGACACAAUGAUAUGCAUGACUUGGAGCGUGUACUACGAAAUGCGAUUGUUAGUGGCCAACCAAAAACUAGAUUGCCAUGGAAGAAAAUACUGAUUGUGGUCGAAGGUGUGUUCAGUAUGGAGGGUUCAAUUGUCAAAUUGCCCGAAGUGAUUGCAUUGAAAAAGAAAUACAAAGCGUACAUAUUCUUGGACGAAGCGCACAGCAUUGGAGCAAUGGGUGUGAAUGGUGUUGGCAUUGUCGAUUUCUACAAAGUUGAUCCGCAUGACGUUGAUAUUCUAAUGGGAACAUUCACAAAGAGUUUUGGUUCGGCCGGCGGAUAUAUAGCUGGGUCAAAGAAACUCAUAAACCAUUUGCGAGUGCAUAGUCAUGCUCAUUGUUAUGCGAGCAGCAUGUCGCCGCCAGUUGCUCAACAAAUCAUUUCAUCGAUGCGAAUAAUCAUGGGUCUGGAUGGUACGGAUGAGGGUAAACGACGUAUCCAGCAAUUGGCAAGGAACACAGUCUAUUUCCGUAGGCGAUUAGCACAAAUGGGCGUUAUUACCAUUGGUCACGAUAAUUCACCCGUUGUGCCAAUGAUGGUUUAUUUAUUUUCAAAAAUAGCUGCUGUAGUACGUGAACUUUUGGAUCGAAAAAUUGCUGCAGUCGGUGUUGGAUUCCCGGCAACACCAAUCAUGGCCGGUCGAAUCCGAUUCUGUCUAUCGGCUGCACACACAAAAGAGCAACUCGAUCAUGCAUUGGAAAUAAUUGAUGAUGUCGCCGGAAAACUUGGACUUAAGUAUUCAAGAAAACCAAAAGAGUUUGGCCAAAUUGUAUAUUGAAUAAAUAUCUGUCGAUUAAUUCAUAAAGCACACAAACAAAAUAAAUUUUUAACACACAAAUACCAUGCAAUACGCAUGCACAAACAUUUUGAAAUCAAUUAGAGCCAGUUUUAAAAUCGUACUUGCAACGAUGGAUGAGAAAAAUUGAUUUUUCACAUCGAAGUGGUUCACAAUGAAUCAACAAUGAAAAACAAAAAAAAUAUUGUCUUAGCUGUUAUACAUUUAGAGUUUAGAGGUAUUUGCUUUGUGUAGUUGGCUUUUUUUUUUGUUUUCAAACGCAGGAUAGAAAACGCUGCAUAUAUAUAUAAUUCAAGGGUAUUUAGCAUAUCACAGCCAUAAAAGUGUCAAAACAGUAUUCAGAACGAAAGAAAAAACCAGGAAAUCCAAAUAAAUACUAUAUUAUCGUGAAUAAGCGACUUAAGAUUUAAUAUUUUAAAUUGUGUGAACAAUAUAAGAAUAUAUUAUUGUUGAAAACAUUCUGUCCAGUUGAAACCGAAAACCUCUUAGAUUUCUUUUAUUAGUCAUAACAUUUUUUAGCUACGUUUAUUAUAUGAAUGAAUAUCAACAACAAUUACCCUCUCAAAACAAUUGUUAGGCAUAUGCAUAAAAGCAUCAUCACGUGUUCUCAAUUAUUUUUUUCUUUUCUCUUGUACUGUAAAGACAUAUUAUACCUGUAGUAAUCAUUUAAUUUAAAAUAAAGUCCACGCUUACAUGUUAUACCAAUAUACCAA